UAGCGGGUGAUCAACUUCAAUAUCUCAACCAAGCAAGCAAGCCCUUCAGUCACAGAUCACACCCAAAGAGCGUGGAACAUUUGUUUUCAAACAGCAAAUUUCUUCAACAGACGGCCAGCAAUUUUUGAAAGGAUUGUAAGUGAAAAUGAAUGCCUGCGGAGAUGGAGUUCACGUCGGUAGAAAUCGUCCAUGUUUUCAACUGUUACCAAUGGGAGACGUGCCGACAGCUACUCAGCUCAGCAAUGCGGACAUGGAAUGGUUGGAUUUUGCGUGGUAUCUGGGAAUCGAGGAGUCUGAAUAUGUCGACCUAAUGUACCACUUGCAACACAGCAGAGGUGACGAUAUUUUCAACAUAUUCCAACAUGAAGACCUCGAUGACGAUGACAACCUCGAUGAUAUUGACAACGUCCCCUACAUUGCGGACGACGAAGAUGACCUCAGUGACAUUGAAGAAGAGCCUGGUCCUGGUGGAGAGGUCGGCUUUAACCGGGAUUUAGACGAAGACAACAACAUGAUGGAUGGGGGAUCUGAUGAGAGGUCAAGAGACCUCGGUUUGGACUUUGAGGAAGGUACAAACGGACACAUUGGGUGGUGGAGUGAAUUUGAUGACACUGACAUAGACAGCGACGUGGAGAAUAACAGAGACACAAGCGAUGCAGCAGUCGUCGAAGAAGACGACCCACUGCCUGGCGACAUGAACAGUUGGGACCCUGGUGACGGACGUAUAGAUGAGAACACUCGAGGUGACGGAGACAACAGAGAGGACAGUGCCAACUCUGGAGAUUCAAGCAAUCCCAAUAAUGUAGAUUCUGGCCAUAGUAGAAAUGAUAAGACUACUCAAAAUUGUCCAGGCAGAAAUGCACGUUCUGAUACUGCGGUUGCUGAAGAAGAACCCCUGCCAUGUUCAUCAAAGAAAAGGUCCAGAGAGAUGGAUGAACAGGGGCCUGAGGCAAGUUGCAGCAAACGAUUCAGGUGGUGCAGUGAGUUUGAUGACCACGACAGUGACGGCAGCUUAGACGAGGUCUUUUCAGGAGACUUUAGUGACCCCAACUGUGCCAGUGCAGAUUCUGGACAUGGAAGUAAUGUUAAGAGUUGUCACAAUCCAUCAGACAGAAAUACAGGUACUGAAGAAGAAUCUCCGCCAGCUCCAUCCAAGAACAGGUCAAGAGAGGAGAAUGAAGCAAGCGAGAAACGAUUAAGGAGUCGGAAUGAGUCUGAAACGGAGAGUGCUGAGUCGAUAGCGGUUGUCGAGGAGGACCCACAGUCUGGCAAAAGUAGAAGAGAUUAUGAGAAUAGUCCACAUUUUUCAGACAGUAAUGCAUGUUCAGAAGCUGCGGUUGCUGAAGAACUACCAGCUCCAUCCAAGAGAAAGUAUGAACAGGACUCUGAAGCACGGAGAAGCAAACUCUUCAAGUGUUGCAAUCAGUUUGUCGACUCGGACAGUGAUAGCAAUAUGGUCCAUGCCAAUGUUCUAUGCUUUUGUCAUCCCAACAGUGCAGAUUUGUGCAAUACCCCAACUCCUCCACUCAGACAUGCAGGUUCUGAUGCUGAAGAAGAACCCCUGUCGGCUCCAUCCAAGAAAAGGUCAAGAGAGCAGAACGAAGGAAGCAACAAACGAUUCAGUUGUUUGGUUGAGUUUAAUGAUUCAGACAGUGACAGUGACACGGCCAGUGUUUACUCCGCAGCAGUUGCCACGGAACACCUAUUGCCUGGCAAUACAGACAAUGCUGACUCUGGCAGCAAUAGAUCAGAUGGAAAUACUCAAUGUGAUGCUCUUAACACAGACCAUGCCAACUCCAGAGCCUCGAGUGUCUCCAACAGUUCAGGUUCUGGCUAUAGUGGGAAUGGCAGGAAUACUCUGAAUCAUCCAGACAGAAAGGCAGGUCCCAGUGCUGUGGUUGCUGAGAAAGAACUGCCAGCUUUGCCCAAGGUGAGGUUAAGAGAGGAUAAUGAAGGAAGCAACAGACUAUUCAGGUGGAUGAUUGAGUUUGAUGUGGCCGAGGGUGACAUGGACAGUGUGUACUCUGCAGUGGUUGCUGAGGAAGACCUAGUGCCUGGCUACAUGUACAGUAGAUUAUGUAACACUCAAGGAGAUGGUCUCAACACAGACCAUGCCAGCUCUAGAGACUUUUGUGUCCCCAUGAGCUCAGGAGCUGGAUAUACUGAUGAUCAUCCAUUUAGAAAUACACAUUCUAAAGCUGUGGUUGCUGAGGAGGAAGCCCUGCCAGCUCUAUCCUGGAAAAGGUCAAGAGCGGAGGAUGAAGAUUCAGACGCGAUUAGCAGCAAACGAGUCCGGUGGUGCAAUGAGUUUGAUGACCAACACAGUGACGGCAGCACAGACACCACCCACUCUGAAUAUUCCAACAGCCUUGGUCGUUAUAAGAAUUGUCAAAAUCAUUCACUAAGAAAUGCAGGUUUUGAUGCCGUGGUUACUGAGGAUGAAUUCCUACUGUCUGCAACCAGGAAAAGAUCUAUGGAGAGAGAUGAACAGGAUUCUGAAGCGAGUAGCAGCAAACGAUUCAGGUCGUGCCAUGAGCUUGACGAAGGUGUCCCCGACGGUGCCAAUACUGGACACUAUAGCAACAAUCAAUAUCGUCCAGGCAGGAAUGCAGGUUCAGAUUGUGCUGAGGCAGAACUCCUGUCUGCUCCAUUCAAGAAAAGGUCAAGAGAGAAGGAUGAACAGGACUCUGAUACAAGUAACAACAAGUUCAGGUGGUGUGAUGAGUUUAGUGACACAGACGGUGCUGACCUGGGUGCAGAAGUAACUGAGGAAAAUCUUUGCUUGGCUCAUCCUGGAAAACGUCAAGAGGGCAUAAAAGAACCGUUCCGACUCUGUUGUUGGAGUUGCCGAGGGAAAGCCCCUGCAAAGUCCAAUCCUAAUGAGAUCAAGAAAGCUGAGUAGAAGAAAGGCUAAAUUAAAGUUGCCAAUAUGGGGAAAGGGCAAAGCUGAGGCUAAUGAUCCACUGCACUCCCGCCCUAAAGGCAGAAGCCAAAAGAAGAGGAAAGUUGCUAAUAUGAGUUCAGCAACAACUUUGAUACUGUUUGAUAAUUACACCUGGCCAAGAUCUUGCUCAUGGUGAAGCGAUGUGAACCUCACAUUGACACAACCACACAAAGCCAUUGCAGACCGCCUUGCUGAGUUCUGUUCGAUUAAA